UUCCCGCAUGCAUCAGCAAAACUAUUUUCGCCCUCUUAUGAAUCAGCACUUUUUCCCGCAAGCAUCAGCACUUUUUCCGCAAGCAUCAGCACUUUUCCCGCAUGCAUCAGCAAAACUAUUUUCGGCCUCUUCCGGCGACCACCCACCAUCGCCGCCCCCUUGUCUACACACUACCAUAUAUCUCCACCCAACUCCCCCUCCUCCCAUGCACCCUCCCACCGUCACCAUCUCACCCCCUCUCCUCCAAGCCACACCUCUCUCCACCAGCUCCCACCUUCAUCCUCUUCUCCGGCCUCCUCUUCCCUACCCUCCUCCUCCCCACCCAUCUCAUCUCACCCCUCGCCUCCACUCAUUCAACUCCCACCCCUCUCCGCUCUCUCCUCCAUCCUUCCUACCUCUUUCCCACACGACGCUCCCAUCCCCCCUCUCCUUCUGUUCUCCUCCUUACCCCCACCCCCACAUCCCCUCUCUUCCUUCCUACCCCUUCCCUCCCGCCCGCCUCCCCUCGGUCUCACCCCUUCCCAGACCCUCACCUCCCAUCCCAACACCCCCAGCCACCUCUUCCCUUUCCUCCUUCUCGUCUCCUCCAACCCUUUCACCGACCUCCAAACCCCCUCUUCCCUUCCCCCUACUCCCACCUCCCUCUUCCUCCCUCACACCUUCCACUCUCCUCCCUCACUUCUCACCCUUUCCACCUUUCCUCAGAUCCAUCCAUUCCCUUCCGCCCUCCCUCAACCUCCCGUGCUUCCCCCACUUCCCAUUUCACUCAUCCCCCUCCCCCUCCUUCGCCCCCUGUCCACCUCUCCCGUCUACCAUCCCGCCAAUCCCCCUCAGCCUCUUCCUCAUGCUCAUCCCUUCCUUCAUCCUCCCCCCAAUCCAUCCCCACCCCACCUACCCCCUUUCACCUAUCCCCUCACUUCACCUUUCCCUCCCACUUCCUUCCCUCCAACCACCCCCCUUUCGCCCCCACCAGGGACCUCCACUCUCCUCUUUCUCCACCGCUGUCCCAUCACCACUCUUCUCCUAA